AACCGCUGCACCAAGUUGGGGCUCUGUUGGGGUUCCGUUGUCUGGCUAUCGUGGAGUUCGGACGUGUAUGUCAGUGCCAUUUGUUUUGAAUAAACCGAAUUAAUUCAACGCGCCGCCCCAAAACUGCAUAUAAAUAGCUCAGCCAGCGUGCAAAAUAGCGGGUCGAAAGUCGAAAAUUGUUAACAAGUGUGCGCGGAGGCGAUUUCCCGUCUAUACUAGUUGUUGAAAUUAUAAAAAAAAAAACACACACACACACACAGCACAUAAAAAUUGUUGUUAUUUUACCGUGUGUGUGGCAUUUAAAGUUUCCCGCAAAACGCAAGUUCGUGGCAUCAUGCUGGCCAAAUCAGUUCAAAAACACGCUGGACGUGCCAAGGAGAAGAUUCUACAAAAUCUUGGAAAAGUGGAUCGCACUGCCGAUGAAAUCUUCGACGAUCACCUAAACAACUUCAACCGCCAGCAGGCGAGUGCCAACAAACUACAAAAGGAAUUCAAUAACUAUAUACGAUGUGUUCGAGCUGCACAAGCCGCCUCCAAGACACUGAUGGAUGCCGUUUGCGAAAUCUACGAGCCACAGUGGAGCGGAUACGAUGCCCUUCAAGCACAAACCGGAGCCUCGGAGAGCCUGUGGGCGGACUUUGCGCACAAAUUGGGGGACCAAGUGCUCAUACCCCUCAACACAUACACAGGCCAGUUUCCAGAAAUGAAGAAAAAAGUUGAGAAACGCAACCGGAAGCUGAUUGAUUAUGAUGGACAGCGUCACUCGUUCCAGAAUCUGCAGGCCAAUGCCAACAAGCGUAAAGAUGAUGUCAAGCUAACCAAAGGACGUGAACAGUUGGAGGAAGCCAGACGCACUUAUGAGAUUCUGAAUACGGAACUGCAUGAUGAACUGCCAGCUUUGUAUGAUUCGAGAAUACUGUUUUUGGUUACCAACUUGCAGACCCUAUUCGCCACAGAGCAGGUCUUUCACAAUGAAACCUCCAAGAUUUAUUCGGAACUGGAGGCUAUUGUCGAUAAGCUGGCCACAGAAUCACAGCGCGGAUCAAAUACCCUACGCAAGCAAACUAGCAAUGCCAUCAAGACAUCCAGUCCAGUGCAGUCGCCGGUAAACAAGCUCAACAACGCCAACAUCAACAGCAGCAACUACCAGAAUCAGAUUACCACCAACGGUGGCUCCAGUCUGGCCAACAGCCCAACAUCCACCAACUCGUCGCUGCAAGAGCCGAGAUUUGAUUCAGUUUCUUCAACACCAGAACCGUCUCCGACUCCGGAUUCCCCAACAGCCUCGAAGCCCAGUAGUAGUCCCACGGAAAACGGUGCAACCGCAAAGCCAGUGGAGCGUCCCGAGCUGACAGGUCUGAACGGAUCAAGUGGCACCAAGACCAGCACCACCACCACCCAGACCUCGCCCAGCACGGAGGAGCCAGUAACCGCAAAGGCAGUGCCAGCUGGGGACUUGGCACUACCACCAGCCGUGGCACCACCACCAACACCCCAAGUGAACGGCAACAACAAUGAACCACCCACCACCCCCCAUCCCACAGUGGCAGGUGCAAAGGAGGGUGGCGGUAAGCAGCCGAAGGAACUGCCAACCACCAACAGCAAUGCCGAGGCGGCGGCUGAGGCGGCGGCCAACAAUGGCAACUCGAUCGAGGAGCACAAGCAGAAGAAACUAGGUAAUGACACCAAAACAGUCACCCAACCGACAGACACAGUCACCCAGCACUUAGUUACAUCUACCGAUCCAGAUACAGAUACAGAUACCAAAUCAGUAAAUACCGAUAAAGAUACUACCAAUACCAGUCAGAGCACAGUCACAGAUCCAAGUCCAAGUCAGAGCAUUAGACCCAUAGUUAAUAGACACAGCGGUAAUAAGGCUAAUAAGAAUCCGUUCGAGGAGGACGAAGAUCGCAUCUACGAGGUGCCCGCUGAUGCCAACACCGCUGACCUGCCGGCCGGCGUGCUCUACCGCGUCAAGGCCACCUACGGCUACGUCAAGGAGGAUGUGGACGAGCUGAGCUUCGAGAUCGGUGACAUAAUUCGCGUUAUUGAGUACGACGAUCCCGAGGAUCAGGAGGAGGGCUGGCUGAUGGGUCAGAAGGAGGGCACCACCGAGAAGGGACUCUUCCCCGCCAACUUUACGCGUCCCAUCUGAGCGGCCCCCGUAACGGAGGAGCACAGGAGCACAGGAGCAACCGAGCAAGCAACGAACCAACUUUAAAACCAACAACAAUUAUAUUUAAAAAAAAAAAAAACCAACACACAGUUUUCGAGUGGAGAUCCUCCUCCCAAUUUACAUUUCGGCCAAAUUUUUUCAAUGUGAGCGCUGCUUCAACUUUUGUCCAUUUAAUAAAUUCUUGUUUUUGUGAAUUGUAUUCUUGAAA